AUGCCCGAUGCUUAUUCGAGCAAUCGACAAGAUGAACACCCGAGCAUGUUGGAUCUGCCCUUGCCGGGAGAGGAUGAGUUGAUGGAUCUACUCGACACAACACCGUCGGACUCCAACUCUGCAGGAUUCAACUUCGACAUGCCGUCUCCGAUGAUCGACAACAAGUUCUCCGCUUCACCGGCACCGCAAACAACAAGUCAACGAGAUAAUGCACAACAGUCCAGACCAGAAACGACCAGCCCACCUGAUUACAACAUGCUAUUCAAUUUCGAUGAAGCGACCGAAACGAGAAAACCGGCAACCGAAAGACAUGAAAAGACGCCAAACCCUCGCGACUCACCAAUGGAAGUCGACUUUGCGGCGUCGAGUCUGUACGGCCUGCCAAGCUACAUCGCUCGAAGCAGCAAAGAGCCUCGCCGGACAGAGAUGAUCAAAACUGUCAACGGACUCAAGCGCGUACUCUGCGGCAACCGUGUAAUGCCGGCAAACAAGAGCCCACACGAUCGCUCCAGACGGUGGCCAGAUAGCGACAUCACCAUGUCACGUUAUUGCGAUGCCUGUUUCGAAGAUUGCUGCCCGAUCAGCAACUUUCUUACCAGACAAACAGUCGAUAAAAUCAUCAAACAGUCGCGAGAAGCCGAUGCCAGUCCGCUCGCUACGGCCUUCGUAGAGGCAAUCAUGUCAAUCGGAUACUAUACCGCCUGCCAACGUAGUCGGGAGCCACCUACACCGGAUGAGGCUCGCGAUGCCCAACGGCGGCUUGGAACAGCUUUGGGCCUUUACAAGACCAUUCAAGGUUGCCCUAACAGCUUACUGAAGCUUCAGGCGACGCUUAUCAUGGCCGUCAUUGCAUGCAUGUGCGAUGAGUCGCUGGUUUGGGAAAAGAUCACGGGAGCAGUUUGCUGCGCAAGGGAUCUUCGUUUGGUCCACUCCGCAAGGGGCCAGCAGCCAAAUAUGAGCGAGCAAGAGCAAGAACUGGCACAGCGCAGCGUAUGGUUUCUUUACAGCCUGGAGACUGAGUAUGCCAUUCAUCAUGGAAUGCUCCCUAUUCUCGAUCUUGGAUGGGGCAGUCAAUUCCCCUCAUUCGACCGCGGCGACGACAUGGUCGCUGUGUCCUACACGUUUUCGGAGUUACUCCAUUCGGUGCUCAAGUUCCAGUACAGCCCGCGUGCACUGAACAAGUCGACUUCUGCAUACGACCGACGGGACCGUCUGCAAGCCAGCUGCCACGUCCUCAACGAGUGGGUGACGGGACUCCCGGCUCCUCUGAACGAGGCGCACAACGCCAAGACGCUGCAGGGGAUCAAGGACGACCGGCAGUUGAGGAAGGCUUUCCGCGUGUUCUGCAUGUAUCACCGGGCUGUUUUCUUCGUGCACUGCCCAUGGAUUACACCCUUGUUAUCGGAAGACGGGGAAAUGGCGGGAGUAGCCGGGCAGAUGCGGGACAGGUGCAUGGAGCGCUGUGCCGAGUCGGCCUUUGCCGUAGUCAAGUUGGCAAACAGCGGUCUAUUCUGGGAGAAGGGACUCGAAAGGGACAUUGGUUCGCCAAGCACACGGUGGGGCGAUAUGGGCCAUCUUCUUCUGGUCUCCCUCUGCUUCAUCGUGUACUAUCUCAUGAAUGGUGAAAAGGGGAAUCGCAAGGCAGCCAUGCCUUAUCUUGCAAUUUGUGGCGGUCUUUUCGGAAGGCUCAGUCUCGAGAGUGAUGAAGCAUCGUUGAUGGAUCAUUAUCUGGAGUUGAUUCAAGUAGUGAGAGCUAGUUAG